AUGCGUCUCGUCUUCUCGUUUCUUUAUAUCGCUUUUCUUCUCUCCGGAGUUGCUGCUCAAGGGAAACAUGACAAGGACAACCGUUCCUCUAUCAAAACGAUUGCCACAACUAUCUCUACUAUCUCUACUAUCUCUACCACUACCACAACUACCUCUACUACUACAAACGUGACCAUCAAAACGAAUACGAUUGCCAGCACCGCGUCGACGCUUUCCAAUAACACAACGACCACGAAUUUCAAUGGUUCAACAACAAUCAACGGCACCAUUGGAAUGGAAAUCAACAACACCAGCUCGACAAAGAGAACACAAGUCGACAUCGGAAGCGACGGACAUCCAGCAUCAAAAGUCGGAAUGCAAAUCGCGUUGAGCGUCGGAAUUCCAAUUAUUUUGAUUAUCUUCGUUUGUGUUAUUGGUUAUUGCGGUUGGAAAUUAUAUAAAAAGAGUGAUAACCUUCGUUCACUUCCAUUCAUCAAGAAUCUUGGGGAAAAAGUCGGCGAAGGAGGGCGA